UGAUAUGUGUAGUUUAGCUAAAGCUACAAAUAUCAGAGAAAUAUCAGUUGACAAUAAUCCAAUAUCUUUAGCUGGUGAUUGUGUUUCUUUUCUGGUUUCUUACCUUCCACAUCUUAUAUUCAUAAAUGGAAUGCAAAUAACUGAACAAGUACGUAAAGCAGCAAUGACUUGGCGUCGCAACAAAGAAUUUUCAAGUGCAACAUUCAUGGAUUUAACAAGUGAUAUUAAAUCAAAUGCUCAUCGUGAAGAAGUCAUAUCAAAUGCAAGAACAAAUUGGGAGCUGUUACGGUCACAGAGUAAAAAUUUGACCACUGGAGCUUGUAUAUCUAGUAUAGCAACAAAAUUACUUAAGCCCGACCCCGAUUUCAUUCUUACCUCUUUGAAUAAUCCCGAGCAUAAACCGCAACGGUUACAGAAAUUAGUAAGAAACAAAGUUCCUAUUUUACCUGAUAAAAAAAUUAUGGGAAGGACAUCUUCUCAAGAUACUGAAAAUUCUCAGAAUACAUCAUCUUCAAACACAUCUAGUAGUGGAUGUUUUAGACUGCCACCUAUCUUAGUUCCUUUAAUUGAUAGAUUAGAAAGUAAGGACGAAAUUAAAUUAAAUGUUUUGAAAAGAUCGGGAAGCUUGAGUAGCUUAGGCCCAAAUGUGGAUAGUUCAAUUAGCUCGUUGUUUAGUAAUACCGAUUUAAGUGCUUCAAGUCAAAAUUCGAGUGAAAGUUCUUCUGAAGAGGAGAAUGAAACAAAAAACGCCCAGGAAAUUAAUGAAGAUGAAGAUCAGAAAAGCAAUUUAAGCAUAAAAGCUAUAGAGCCGCCCAAAACGGAAGUAAAACUGUCUCAUGUGAAUUUAACGAAUGCAGAAACAGUUAGUAACUUAUCAUCGAAUACAUCAAAUUCUGGCAGUGGGGCUGCAGCAAGUUCACACUCGAGUAGUAAUUUUAGUAAGCGGUCAACUAGAAAGAUACGAUCUAUAAAAAGUGCCGCCAGCAUCAGAACAAAUCCGGCAAAACUGAAAAGUAGAGCAGUCACAGCCAAGCCAAAGAAACCGGUCUCACCUCCGCCACACUCUGCAGAAAGGGAAAGAGAACAAGGUGGAGACUAUCUUAUAGAAAUUUGUGGUCGUCAUCUUAAUAUUUUCGGUCAAGGAGCUCUGAGAUUUAUAGAAAAGCAAUGGAACGUUUCCAAAGCCAGGGAUGUAACAACAGUUAACUUUAAUUAUUCUAAUUUUAAUUCAAUUGUCGGUAUUUUUGGGAAACUGAAACAGCGGUUUCCAAAUAUUGAAAAUUUCGUUUUCAAAGAAACAAAUAUACACUGUUUAGGGCAGUUGAAUGCGUUAGCGGAAAUACAAGGAUUUGUCUCACUUUUUAUUCACAGUGACGGGAAUCCUAUUACACAAAAACUUUGGAGAAGUUACGCAGUAUUUAGGCUAGUGCAUUGGGGAUUGAAAAAGAUUAAUGAUAAAGAGGUUUCUGAAGAAGAAAUAAAGGAAGCCAAUGAGGAAUAUCAAAGUCUUAGUGAUCUUGUCUUAUGGUCCUUACCAGAUAUACUAUUGGAGCCACUUUUAAACAGGUUGCAUUUAGAUCUGAGUCGAACACAGGGACAGAAUGCAAAAAAGUGGCUUCAAUCAAUUGAUCCAGCAUUGAAAAGCGUCGUUAGUAAAGAGGCAUUACAAUGGAAAAAGAAUUCACCAACCCAUGAAGAUCUUUUACUGAGACAAAAUAGUAAAGCUCAUAUGGGAAAAAUGUUACAAGACACUUGUAGUGCCGUUUAUAAAUUAAGACAACUUGAUCGGCAUUGGUCUGAUGUGUUUCAUGAGGUUGUACGGAACAUUGUUCUGGACUAUGCUCAUUUAGAUAUGUAUAUGAAGAAGAAGAUGCAAGAAGUACAAGCCAGCGGACUUUCACUGCCAUAGUUUGCAUGAUUUUAGCACCAACAUUGAAACAGUACAAAAUAUCGAGUUAGGUAAUAGUUUUAAGAUUUAAUUAAGUCUGUUGAUUACAAUUUUUAGAUGUUUUGUAAAAAAUCUGUAAACUUAUUGUACGCUAAGGUGAUAACUUUGUUUAUUUUUUAUUUUAUACUCAAAAUAUACUUUUUUGCACAAA